AUGGCCUCCCACCGCAUCGGCGCCCGCGUCGCGGGCCUCUCGCCAGCGCAGCUGUGCGCCAUCAUCGAGGCGCAGGCGGGCGCGAGCGACGCCGCGCUGCGCGUGGCGGAGGAGCACGCCGCACGGCUCGUGGAGCAGCCCGAGUGGGUGCUCUCCGAGGUCCUCCUCUCGCCGGACCUCGCCCCGCACAUCCUCGCCCAUCUGCCGACCAAGGAGCACGCCGCCAAGGGGACGAGACGCUGA